UCAUCAUCGGAAUAGGGCAUUCCGGUUCACUUCUUUCCCCUCGACGGCGAUCUUCGGUUUGCCAUGUCCAAGUAUCCUUGAUCCAUUUUUUCAGUAAAGAAAUCCCUUGGACAUCACUCCCACCUCUGAUAUCAGUGACUGUGUGCAAAAAUACAUCGUUCCGAGUCUCGUGAUAAUCAUAUCAUGGAUUCACCUACGGAAUCGCGCCGUCCGAGAGGUAGAGACCUAAGGAUCAAAACCGAGCCAGAACAACUUGGGGGGAGCGAUUCUUCACCUUCCGGGGCAAGUUUGAAAGAAGCGACAGUGAAGGGGAAACAGGAAAAGAAGCGGUUCGAGUUCAAGCUACCUUCCAGCCUGCAAUGGAUUCCGGCCAAUUGGAGCUGGCCCAAAAUCAAGCCCGUAAUUCGAUGUGCAAUCGCCGCAUGGCUAUCAGCCGUUCUGUUCGUUAUUCCGGCAGUGGAAAGGUUCAUGGGACAAGCCAACUUUCUCAUCCUCAUCUCUGCUUUCAUGUCGCCUCCAAGUGACCCAUUCAUGGCUGUCCUCGAGAGGGAGAUUCUCAUCAUCAGUUUAGUAUCAGUAUCCUGGGCGUGGUCAUGUCUUGGUAUCAAGCUAGCAAGUUUGGCUCGCACAAACAACGUUCCAAAUGCUACUUUUGCAAGCGCAGUUACAGGGCAAUAUAUUGAAGCUGCCCCCACUGUCAUCAUUGGUGUUUUUAUCUUCUUGGGCAGCGUGUUCUUCCUCUAUAUCCGUGUGCGUCAAGGUCCAGGCCCGUAUCUCUUUGCAUGCAUCCUCUCCUGCAUAUGCCUUGAUAUCACCUUGACUACCAACGUUUUGUUCCCGUACCCAUAUUACCGAAUUGGCCAAGCCGUCCUUAUUCCAUUAGGCUUCCACUCUUGUAUUGCACUGCUCACAUCCAUCGUCGUGUUUCCACAGACAGUAUCCGCGCAGUUCACAUCCCGCCUGCAAGCAGUCCUUGGCCCAUUGAUAAAGUCCCUGGAACUUCACCGUUCGCUCAAGGAUAUCCCUGCCAAUUCCCCAGAGUUCGCGUCUGCGGCCGAGUCUAUCAAAGCAGCUGUCAAGCAAGCUGAAGGUGGUCUCAUUCCCCUCGCCAUCUCUGGUCGUCUUCUCCCUAGUGAUCUUAUCUAUGCUCGGUUUGCUCCCACCGAUUUCAAGGCCUUGCAAGCCAUCGCGAGACGGAUGGCUGUCCGAGCUAACGGACUUACCAUCUACUUCUCUAUAAUCGAACCAAUGCGAGAAAGGUUUCCUGUGACGCCAGCCCCAUCACGGCCUGGUACUCCUGGCACUACAACUCCCGUGCGCGCAUCCAGACAGUCGUCUCUUGAACGCGAUGGUGGUGAUACAGAUACGGAGGAUGGUGCGGAGCCGAUUACAGAACCCGGAACACCCACAGGGUCUGUAUUCACCAGUCGACGAAGCCGCGGACCGAGCAGAACGCACUCUCGUUCCCGUUCCCACCAUCACCACGGCUUCCAUAACUUGCUGCGCGAUUCGCUUCUGCAUCUUACAUUACCUAAGGUGCACAAGAAUGAGCAGGCUGUAGGGGUCUUCGAGUCUCACAGGUACAUGGAUCUGGAAGCGACAUUCUUUCAUGAUCCUGAAGUUGAAGCCUACACCCAACGAACGACUGAGCUGCUUUUGAAUAGUGCUGAUGGGCUCCUCGAUGAGUGUCGAAAAGCCGUGACAGCGGUGUCUGAUUGGCUAGGAACUGUGCGAGGAGGUCGACUGACAUUUUGGGUUAGCAGAAGCGAGAAGAAACGAAAGAGAGAGGGAAAACUCGAGGAGCUUCAACAACUGAGGGAUUCGUUGAGUGCGUGUCUGGAACUGUACCGAUCGAAAAAAAGGCAUGCCGUUUUGGAGCCGUUCCGUCCUGCCUUUGAAGGCAGCGGGGAGCAAGAGGUCCCUUCGCAUCGAUACCUGUUCCACUGUUACGUAUAUCAGUAUCAUCUAAUGCGGUUCUCAACACAGGUGAUAGAAACGCUCGACGAAAUUAUUCGCCUCGAAAAGGCACGCCCCGAAAAUCGUAUCUGGACACCCGUUCAGAAAUACUUUAGCUGGAGCAACUGGAACUUGUCCGACGUCCAUGACGACGAAGAAGAUCCCGAAACCGUGCAAGGAUUGGAGCCGGCUGUCUUGGAUGACCUAGGUAUAGCUCGAAAGCGAGAUCCCGAUAGACUCCCGCCUCAUAAUGCGUUUGAAUGGGUAAUGAAUAAGAUAUAUGGGUUUGUAACGGGUCUAGGAGGUGGUAAUGUACUUUACGCUAUCAAGGCCGGGAUUUUUACGAUUAUCUUAUGUUUACCGAUAUUCAUAAGUUCUUCCGCACAAUUUGCUUAUACUAACCGAUUCGUCUGGGGGGUUAUCAUGGGACAGCUAACACUGGCACGCUUCAGAGGAGAUACUACUUUUGGUCUGGUUGCGCGUAUCUUCAGUACUUUCUUUGGUGGUCUAGCCGGUGCCGUUAUCUGGUACAUAUCGACCGGUAACGGCCAUGGUAAUGCCUAUGGGCUAGCCGCGGUGUUAGGAGUUUGUUUCCCAUUCUUUUUCUACGCAAGGUUGUAUUGGCCCGUCCCGCCGAUGACGAUUAUCAUCUUCUGCGUUACCACGAUGUUGGUUGUCGGAUAUUCAUACCAAGAUACAGUUAUUAUACUCCCUGCCAAUCCCGGGUAUGGUAUUGAUGUUGCAUGGCGCCGGUUUGUGCUUGUUACAGCAGGUGUUACUGCCGCUUUCUUGUUUUCCUUCCUUCCCCCAUCAACAACCAUCCGCCGGUACCAGCGGACGACACUGGCGACUACUUCUUCGGAACUCGGAGCUAUCUAUUGCUCCAUAGUUUCCUACGCUAGUACACGGAGAGAUGCAGAGAGCCAGCAGGUUAUAACGAGCCUGAUUGCUAUCCGAAGCAAGUUAAACAGAUCAGCUGUUCUAAGGACAAAUGUUAUUUAUGAAUUUUCAUUACGAGGCAGGUGGCCGGCGCAAAGAUACCACAAGAUUCUGGAGCUACAGUUACAAGCUGCUUAUUACCUAUCGCAUCUCACGUCGGUCAUUUCACAUAUGGACCCUGCCUGGGCGCGAGCGUUCUUGGCUCGGACACGGUUUUUGGACCCUAAUUUUCAAGGAGACAUGCUAGCCGUUAUCAGCAUGAUAGCUACGUCGCUUCGUACUGGAGAGCCCUUGCCUCAGAUUACGCCUUGUCCGUUACUGGAUCGGUUCAUGUUGAAGUUCCAUGGUUUCAGUGUAAUACACAAAGAAGCUGAGGAGGACUUUGGUUUGCCGAGGUCGCUCACCAUGGAGACACUGGAAAACGAGCAGUACUUGAUGUUUUCGGUGGGGGUGUCGACGGCGUUUAGCAUUGUGUCGAGGCUGGACAGAUUGAUGGUAGCCGUGAAAGAAAUUGUGGGAGAGCAAUAUCAUGUUCAUGGUGUAAGCGCGGCACCUACGAGAUCGGGUGUCGAGAUGGGAUCAAGGACUAACACGCUGCAAUUGAGAUUGCCGGUGUGAAAUUGUAAUCCUUUUAACAUAUUUUAUUAAUUUAUACAUACUGCUCAUCAAGAGCGUCAAUCGUGUUGCGCCUGCCCGUAUUGAUCGAUUGUCAUUAUGUAAUUGGGAUGACCUGACUUAAAUCUAAUCGUAUGAUGGGAAUUCGACA